CCGGCGCCCGGCGCGGGCUGGCUCCCGGCGGGCGGCGCUGCUGCGUUGCUCUGGGAGGCGCCGCGGGGCCGGGCGCGGAGCUGCGGGCUCGGGGGUGUGAGCGGCCGGGCAGGGCGCCCCCAGGAUGCUGCGGUUCCUGCGCAGGACCUUUGGCCGGCGGUCGAUGCAGCGCUACGGGCGCGGAGCCGGGCGCGGAGGGCUCGGCGGCGAGGGGGACGAGCGGGACGGGGGGCUGCGAGGAGCGGCCGCCGCCGCCGUCGGCUCGGGAGCCUUCCCCUCCUCGCCGCUCCCCGGAGGGGUCGUGCACAGCGCCGGAGCGCCCGUCCACAUCCCGGCGGCCGGCAGCAGCAAGCCGGUGCUGCAGUGCCGUGUCCUUCUCCUGGACGGGACCGAAGUCAACGUGGAGCUGCCGAAAAAUGCAAAGGGACAGGAGUUGUUUGACCAGAUUGUGUAUCAUUUGGACCUUGUAGAAACGGAUUACUUUGGCCUGCAAUUCAUGGAUGCUUCCCAAAUUACACACUGGUUGGACCAUUCAAAAUUCAUUAAGAAGCAAAUAAAAAUUGGACCUCCGUACACGCUGCAUUUCCGCAUUAAGUACUACUCGUCAGAGCCCAACAACCUUCACGAGGAGUUCACCAGGUACCUGUUUGUAUUACAGCUCCGGCAAGACAUUCUUUCAGGGAAACUGAAAUGCCCAUAUGAAACUGCUGUUGAACUAGCAGCUCUGUGUCUUCAAGCUGAGUUGGGAGAGUGUGAGCACCCUGAGCACACACCAGAGCUCGUGUCUGAAUUCAGGUUUGCACCAAACCAGACUGAAGCAAUGGAAUUUGACAUUUUUCAGAAAUGGAAAGAGUGCAGGGGAAAGAGCCCGGCGCAGGCUGAGUUGUGCUACUUGAACAAAGCUAAAUGGCUAGAAAUGUAUGGUGUAGAUAUGCAUGUAGUUAAGGGAAGAGAUGGUUGUGAAUAUGCUCUUGGACUGACACCAACAGGCAUAUUGAUCUUUGAAGGAGCCAACAAAAUAGGCUUAUUCUUUUGGCCUAAAAUCACAAAAAUGGACUUUAAAAAGAGCAAACUAACGCUCGUGGUUGUAGAAGAUGAUGAACAGGGCAGAGAGCAAGAGCACACAUUUGUUUUCCGGUUAGACAGUGCCAAAACGUGCAAACAUUUGUGGAAGUGUGCAGUGGAGCACCACGCUUUCUUCAGAUUGCGAGCCCCAGCAAAUAGUAAAUCUAGUAGAUCCGACUUCAUAAGGCUGGGAUCACGCUUCAGAUUCAGUGGGAGGACAGAAUAUCAAGCGACACACGGGACGAGGUUACGCAGAACUAGCACGUUUGAAAGAAGGCCCAGCAAGAGAUACCCCUCUCGGAGACAUUCCACUUAUAAGGCAAACAAUCCUGUGAAAGCAGCACAACUGUGUGCUAAAAAUACUCCGGAACUCCAUAACUACCAGCCCCAGUAUCAUCCUAAUAUACAUCCUGCUCAGCCACACUGGCAUCCACACACCCCUGUGAAUGUAAGGAAUGGAGCAUCCACAGCUUCUCUGUGCAACCUGUUUCAGUGCCUCACCACCCUCACAGAAAAGAAUUUCUUCCGUAUAUAUAAUAAUUGCAGCUUCAAUUUGGUAAUAAGCUAUCCGUUGAACAACAGCGAUCUGCAUCCGUUCAACAUCGAGGAGAAUGGUGGGACUCCAUAUACCACAAAAAUGGCUGCAAGGCACCACCACCACCAUCGGCAUCACCACCACCACACCAAUUACGGUGCCCUUACUCCUGAAACCAAGGACAUUGUUUCUGCGGUUCCAAAUCCAACCAAACUGAGCUCAGGACUUCCCCUUCUUUAUGAUGAAACUUCUCAUCUGAAGAAAAUAGAAACGGAGAGUGUGAAGGUAGUUGGACCAUGGCCAGCCCUGCACGUCAGCAUGAACAAGGUUGAAGACAAGAAGGUAUCAGAAAAACCUCUUCAUGCACCUGUGUCACCUUCAUCUGUACCUGACCAUUUGAAGUGCAACAUCCUCAAAGCUCAAGUGGAAGCUGCUUUUAGAGUAGGUGCCCAGGCUGUGAAAGAAGAGACCUCAUUUGUAAAUCCCAGUAAGACCUCCAGUCUGCAGGACCCUAAUGUAAGAAGUCCAGCUCCAGUGAGACCUGAAACUACACCAACAACUGUCCCUGCAGAAAAGCAGGAGGUUAAAGCUCCCCGUGUGAGGAAGUUAACGAGGCAGUACAGUUUUGAUGAAGAUGACCUCCCUCCUGCACUGGCAGCAGCAGCAGCAGCAUCAACACCUGUGUCUUCAGCAUCUCCCGGGUCACAGAAAACGUGCACGCCACAAACAUCGGAAGGACAAGCACAGGUUUCGCCUGGUGGCAAGAGUUCCACAGAUGCUGGGAGUACAUUUGCUUUGGAGCCAGGUGACCUCCUGAUGGAUUUCACAGAGGCCACACCAAUGAUAAAGACAUUCCCUGCUGAUACAUCUAAUCCUUUUUUCGAUCCCUUUACAACAGUACCACAGUUUUCUGCAGAAUUUGCAGACAGCAAAUUACAAUGCUGUGCAGUGCAGUCGUCUCCUAAGAUUACGCUGGUGUCUCCAUCACCCGUGCUGAGGUCUCUGGCAGAGACCAUCCCGACUCCAACAGUGCAGACAGUAUAUACGUCGCAUAAGCCCAUUUCGCUGGCAGAGAGUGCUGAGACUCUGAGGCGUGAACUUGAGAGAGAGAAAAUGAUGAAAAGACUCUUGAUGACAGAAUUAUGAAACUCGCACUUCCGUCAGAUGGAGAAUGGAUUGGGGCCUUUCAUGUGCCUUCUGUCUGUUUACAUUCCUCUGCUUCUGUGUACUCAACAUAAUGCAUCGGGAAAAUGUGUGAUAUUCCUGGCUCGCCUGGAUUCACCGCCGUUGGUUAAAAUUACGUCUUGGCUAGACUUUGACUUGAAGGAGUUCCUUUAUUCAUUUGCUGCUGGGAAAUAAACCUUCAAUCCUUUCUCUCUCCUGAGAUUUUAUACUAUUAACACAAUUAAUUUCUGGUUUGGUUUUGGUAAAUCUAGGGCAAAGAGGAUCAGCAAGGAGCAUACUGAUUUCUAUUGGGAAACACUGUUCUGUACAUAUGUUAAUAAGUGCACAGAAAUUAAUGUUAUGCAGAAUAUUUUGAUAGUAACAUAGAAAAUAUGUCAUUUUGUACAACUGAAAAUUGCAAUGAGCUACUGCUAUUUGUUAAGAGAACCAUUUUUAAAGCAGAAGAAUGAUUAUUACAUCCUAACCCCAGGACUGUUAGUCUCCACAGAAUAAAUGGCUGUCUUAUUAAAUUCCUAACCUUAACCUUCCCUCAGAGAUAUAAAUAGCUGCAACUGGGAGAGACACCCCACCACACAGAUACACACACCCAAUACUUCCUAUAGCUUAUCACCUUGACCUAAACCUUCAACAGAGUCUUACCGUAAUUCCCUUAAUGGAUGAAAAAAAUCCGUUGUUUAAAGUAAUUUGCUACUGACUUUCUAGCUUGAUACUGACUUUUUUAAAGCAAGUGAGGAGCUUUACCUUCUCCAGUUUGCCUAGGCUUUAAGGCUAGCCCACGCUCAGACAUCUUCUGCCCCAGCACUGAAGGUUGCAGAGCCUCAGCGGUGUGGACGUAGCUCACACAAGGAGAAAUUUUUCCUUCGUGGGUAAAAACCCACCUUCCUGGCUGACAUGAGUUGAUUGGUCCCCUUCAAGAACAAGAACAAUGAUCUUUUAAGGCAUAGCUGUGCCUGUACCCAUAUUUUAAACUCUACUAAUCAGCAUGUGUGGCCCAGCAAUCCUGUGCAGGGCUAUACAUCCUGUUCACCUCCAACAACCAAGCAGCCUCUACAUCCAGUGGAGCUAUCUCAGGCAUGAAGUGGGGUGGGUAGUCCAACACUAGCAGAGCCACAGCCACAGGGAAGGAAUUGAUGGGAUACAGGUAAUGCUACCAACUAUCUCCUAGGGAAACAAAAGGUCUCAGUUUCCCCUUGUUCAGUAGUGCAGGGUCAUCUAGAAAACUAAUAUCUGACUGUCAGCUACAAGGUACAAUUUCAACAGGAAAGGUUUUGUGCAUUUUGUAUGGCUGAAGAUGUAUAUUUUUCUGUUACUCUGUACACUAUGUUCUCUUAUUUGUAUUAAGAUAAAAUAUUGCCCUUCAUUUGGCACUGAUUACAAUGGCUUUAUAUCAGCUUAAGCAGUUUGUUUGUGUGGAGGCUGGGAAGUGAUUGCUGUGAGAUUGGAUUUUGUUCAAAGUUAGCUUCUGCUGUUUUUCUAAAAUGAGAGUUUUGGAGAGCUUCAUAAGACUGGAUUGCAGUGUGAAGGUAUAAAAUGACUUGACUAUUUUAUAUUUGCUGGGACAAAAAAUUAGCAUUAGGCUUCCCAUUUAAAUCCACCAAGCACAACACUUUCUGGUUGCCAUAAAUUGGGUCAAGAUACACAGCACAACUGUUAGGUAGAAAAUCACAUAACAAAAUUUAAUCAAGUGGGCACAAGGAGCCACAAAACCACACCUGGACUGUAGAUUUAAGAGCAUUCCAGUGGCUCUUCUGGGUAAUCAGAUAUGACUUCUAUGGUGUCCACCUGCCAGCCGCAAUGCCAGGACACUUCUGUUCCUUUUGUUUUAAUGCCCCAGUCCGUCAAUCCAGGGUUCUUAAAAAUUGAUUAGGAACAUUAAAUCCCUGUGAGAAAAUCGGAAAGGAGGGGGAAAUGCACAGACACAAAAGAAUGCAAUUUCCUGUUACUCUUUUCUCACCACUUCCCAGAAGGUAUUGGUGAGGGAGAAGCAGCAGCACAUUUUGCCUGCGUCCAAGUGGGGGUGAGCAUUUUGAAGAAAAAAUAAAAGAAAAUUGUAACUAGAAAUGCUGGUUUGGGAGAGAAAAACAAAGUAAGGUUGAGAAUGGCACAGUGCUGACUAGCUCAAUCUGAUUUUCUGCCUGUUAGGUAAGCCUCAGUUGUGUUUGAACUGGCAACAGUUUCACAAAGUCAUUGUCAAAGAAAACCCAGAAAGAAAACCCCAACCAAACAAACAGAAAAAAAUCUGAACAUACUGAUUGAUGCAGUGGACUUUAGGAAUCCCACAAUAUGCCCUCAGGUUUGGGGGCAAAACAGAUCCACGUUAGGACUGUCUGGUCACUUAAAGCAAAAGCCUUUAGCAAAACUGAAUGCCUGAGUCAGACUAGCCUAUAAGAUAUUCUGGCUCAUAAACAGUCUAAAACAGUAUUGUUUUUAAUGCAUCAUUUUUGCUCCCACAGUAUAAAAUUUCUUCAGCUGAAAUAAUCAGAACCGGAAAAGAAUGUGAACCAAGGUUACUGUAUAUGGCCAAACCUUUAUAGCUGAGGCAUGCUCUGGGAUAGCUGAAGAAGGGCUGAGAUUCCUCCUUCUGUGGUUCCCACCAGGAGAAGAGGGAAAGGCUCAGGUGGCUGCUUAGUUUUUGUGGGACAUUUUCUACAGAACAACUCUAAGUAUGUUGCCUUGUUGUGUUUUAGUGUCUUAUCCACUGGCUGCCACUGUUUCCUAUUCUGCAGUCUAAUGGAGCUUUAUUAAAACUGUUUUACUGAAAUCAAACUAAACUUUUAACUGUGGAAUGUCAUCAUCUUGUUCUUUCUUACUACGUACCUUCUUCAGCCAUGCUUGAGCGUCUCAGUUUUCAUAUCCUCUGAAGAAACACUUCUGCCUCAUCUCUGGUUGGGAAUUACAGUGUUAGGACACCUGUUACCCAAAACUGCUGUGAACAAGACAAUGUCAACAUGAACAUAUUGCAGAGGGGCAGAUAUUGCAGAUUUGCUCCUACAAAUUAACUUUACAGGUGUUAAAGGAUACUCUGCCUGAAGGUAUGUCUAUAUAAUAGUGCAGAAGUAUCUGAGCUAGCUUUAAGCUUGCAUUUGUAGUUGUGGCAGCAUGAAGCCCUGCACAGGCUAUCAUUAUCAUGUACAUUGACAUGUGUAAAGAUAACGCAUUUGAACAGCAGCCUUCUGAAGCAUGGGCUCCAGAACUGGUGACAGAAGAGGGUGGCUGAAAGGAUUUUUUUCUCUUCAGCUCUUCUGGGAAAGGGUUCAUCUCACCUAACAUUAAAAUGCCCAGCUCUCACCUGGUGAGAGAUCAAAGGACCUGUCUUCCGGAGGUGCCUCUGACUUAAGUGUCUACCUUAAGUAUAUAUACUGACUAAAGUUAAGUGAGAUGAAUCCUGCUUUCCCUCCCUCUGGCUAGGUCUACAUUGCAAACCCUUGCUGACUCAGCUGCAUCAUCCAGGGUUCAGCUUUAAGGUAUGAUUUGGGAUCAGCAUACCUGUGCCAGCGAAAGCCUUGAGCGUUAGGUGUAAAUAAACUGCCAGAAAUGUCCUUUUGUCAGAACAGAGAGCUGGGAUAACAACCUACAGUGACAUAAGCGCAGAGGCUUUGCUGCAGUCAUGCUCCAUCUGGGAGCUGAUGAAACCUCCUGCUAUAGCCACGCUGGCAAAGCUCACCAGGGGUGGCCCUGGCUUUUCACAGUGCCCCAAGUGAUGCUCCGGCCCCGUCAGCAGAUCCCAGCUUUUCAGCACCAAGUCUCUAAGCAGCGGAAUGCAAUGUUGUCAUGUUUGGGUGAUUCCAGCAAAAUUUAUUGGCCAUUUAAAUAGCUAUGCAAGGAGUUAAAUAUUUUCUCAUUUUGCAGUCUCUUAUGGAAGCCAACCAACUGUGCUUUGGUUUUUUUUUUUGUGUGUGUGUGGCUCAGCUGUUUCCACUAUUUUGUUUUAAAAGGAAUAACUGAGUUUUCUUUAGAAAUGUUGGUUGAGAUUCCGCACCUCUCUCAGAUCCCAUCAUGUGUGCAGAUUUUUCAUGUUUCAUAGACCCUGAAAGUGCAAAAUUUGAAAAUUAACUCCUCCAAAGUUUCAGUUCAUGGCUUCACUCUCUUGCAACAGGAUGCCUACGUGCCCAUUUGAAACAGAGCUAGCAAUGCAGUGAAACGUUUCAUUGGAGGCAGCAUCAUGUUUUGUUUGAACUGUUUACAAAUAGCCUUUGCUUUUAUUUAUUUUUUUUCUUGAAUACAAUUCUGGUUCAUUUGCUACAAAAAAACCUACUUGUAAUUAUGCAAUGGAAUAUUUUUUCUUUUUUUUCUUUUCUUUUGUUUCUUUAAUGUCCUGAUGUUCAAGGAGUUUGCAAUAAAUAUACUGAGACUGAUCUGUAAUUGCAUGUAAGAUUAGCCUCACAACUGUGUUUUGUAAAGUUAAGCGCCGUAAAAGAAGCUGUAGAUGAUGUGGAGAAGGAGGGAAGAUAGAGAGUAAGUGGAGGCUUCUUUGGCAGCUGCAGCAUGGAGUGGUGGGUAGCAGCUUUAAAGCAAGACUGCUCACACCAUUUUGUUCCACCUGAGUAGCAGCGUGUAUCAUCAGACAGUGUAUGAUGGCAUUUUGUUGAAAACAUGCCUAAAGAGAAACUUUUACGGCUCCGCUGUUUACCUGUUCCUGUAUUCAUGCCUGCAAUAAAAGAGAUGAAAAAUAAA